GGGAUCCAUGAACAAGAUCCUCGGUUAGUGCUUCGUGCUUUUUUUUUCCUUCUCUCUUCUUCCUCCUCCUCCUCUCCCCUCCUCCUCCUCCUCCUCCUCUCUCCAUCAAUCAUCCUUCUCUUCAUCUCCAUCAUCUCUCUAACAUGUCUUCUCCACAGUCGCCAACCGCGGUGAAAUUCGUACGUCAUUGUCCCUCCUCGAUCCACCUCCCCUCACCUCUCUAACCUCCUCCAGCUAUCCGAAUCUUUCGCACCGCCCACGAGCUCUCCAUGCAGACCGUCGCCAUCUUCUCCUACGAAGAUCGUCUCUCCAUGCACAGACAGAAGGCCGACGAAGCCUACGUUAUCGGCAAGCGCGGCCAGUACACCCCCGUCCAGGCCUACCUGCAGAUCGACGAAAUCAUCAAGAUCGCAAAGCAGCACAACGUCAACAUGAUCCACCCCGGCUACGGCUUCCUCUCCGAAAACGCAGAGUUCGCCCGCAAGGUCGAAGAGGCCGGCAUCGCCUGGGUCGGCCCUCCCCACACCGUCAUCGACGCCCUCGGUGAUAAGGUUUCCGCCCGCACGAUCGCUAUCCAAAACAACGUCCCCGUCGUCCCCGGCACGCCCGGUCCGAUCGAGAAUGUCGAGGAGGCCGUCGCCUUUGUCAAAGAGUACGGCUACCCCGUCAUCGUCAAGGCUGCCUUUGGCGGCGGCGGUCGCGGCAUGCGUGUCGUCCGCGAAGGUGACAACAUCGAGGACGCCUUCCUGCGAGCUUCGUCCGAGGCAAAGUCCGCCUUUGGCAACGGCACCGUCUUCAUCGAGCGCUUCCUCGACAAGCCCAAGCAUAUCGAAGUCCAAUUGCUCGGUGACUCCGAGGGCAACGUCGUCCACUUCUUUGAGCGCGACUGCUCCGUCCAGCGUCGUCACCAGAAAGUCGUCGAGAUCGCGCCCGCAAAGGACUUGCCAAAGUCUGUCCGUGACGCUAUCCUUAAAGAUGCCGUCCGUCUUGCUGCCUCGGUCAAGUACCGUAACGCCGGUACUGCCGAGUUCUUGGUCGAUGCCCAGAACCGUCACUACUUUAUCGAAAUCAACCCGAGAAUCCAAGUCGAGCAUACCAUCACUGAGGAAAUCACUGGAAUCGACAUUGUUGCCGCGCAGAUCCAGAUCGCGGCUGGUGCUACUUUGGCCCAGCUUGGUCUGACUCAGGACCGCAUCACCUACCGUGGCUUUGCCAUCCAGUGCCGAAUCACGACCGAGGACCCGACCAAGAACUUCCAGCCGGAUACCGGCAAGAUCGAGGUCUACCGGUCCUCCGGCGGAAACGGCGUCCGUCUCGAUGGUGGAAACGGAUUCGCGGGCGCGAUCAUCUCGCCUCAUUACGAUUCGAUGCUGGUCAAGUGCACCUGCUCUGGCUCGACGUACGAGAUUGCUCGUCGUAAGAUGAUCCGUGCGUUGAUCGAGUUCCGUAUCCGCGGUGUCAAGACCAACAUCCCGUUCUUGCUCGCUCUGCUCACGCACGAGACUUUUAUCAAGGGCACUUGCUGGACCACUUUUAUCGAUGACACGCCUGAGCUGUUUGACAUGAUGAUUUCACAGAACCGUGCGCAGAAGCUUCUCGCGUACCUCGGAGAUCUUGCUGUCAACGGCAGUUCGAUCAAGGGCCAGAUCGGCGAGCCCAAGCUCAAGUCGCCUGUUGUGCUCCCGAUCCUGAAGGACGGCACCGAUGCACCGUUGGAUGUGUCGUUCCCGUGCACGGAGGGAUGGCGCAACAUCUAUGUCGAGAAGGGCGCGGACGCGUUUGCAAAGGCGGUGCGCGCGUACAAGGGCACGUUGAUCAUGGACACGACGUGGCGCGACGCGCACCAGUCGCUUCUGGCGACGCGAGUGCGGACUGUCGACUUUGCGAACGUGGCGCUGCCGACCUCGUACGCGUACUCGAACGCGUUCGCGCUCGAGUGCUGGGGUGGAGCUACGUUUGAUGUCGCGAUGCGGUUCCUGUACGAGGAUCCGUGGGACCGUCUGCGCAAGCUGCGCAAGCUUGUGCCGAACAUUCCGUUUCAGAUGCUGCUGCGUGGCGCGAACGGAGUCGCGUACUCGUCGCUUCCGGAUAACGCGAUUGAUCAUUUCUGCGAGCAGGCCAAGAAGGCGGGAGUUGAUAUCUUUAGAGUGUUUGACGCGCUCAACGAUCUCGACCAGCUCAAGGUGGGUGUUGACGCUGUGCGUAAAGCGGGGGGUAUUAUUGAGGCUACGGUGUGCUACUCGGGCGACAUGUUGAACCCGGCCAAGAAGUACAACUUGGCGUACUACCUCGAGGUUGUGGACAAGAUUGUGGAGAUGGGCACGCAUAUUCUUGGAAUCAAGGAUAUGGCGGGCACGAUGAAGCCCAAGGCGGCGACGCUUUUGAUUGGCGCGGUGCGCGAGAAGUACCCCGACUUGCCGAUCCAUGUGCACACGCACGACUCUGCGGGCACCGGAGUUGCGUCGAUGGCGGCUGCUGCGGAGGCGGGCGCGGACGUUGUGGAUGUUGCGACGAACUCGAUGUCGGGCAUGACUUCGCAGCCGUCGAUCAGCGCGCUGCUUGCGACGCUCGAGGGCACGAUCGACACCGGCUUGAACGUCGACCAUGUCCGGGAGAUUGACGGGUACUGGGCGCAGAUGCGUCUGCUGUACUCUGUCUUUGAGGCCGAUCUCAAGGGCCCCGAUCCGGAGGUGUACAGCCACGAGAUUCCGGGCGGACAGCUUACGAACUUGUUGUUCCAGGCGCAGCAGCUGGGUCUGGGUACGCAGUGGCAGGAGACCAAGCACGCGUACGUGGAGGCCAACAAGUUGCUGGGCGAUAUCGUGAAGGUGACGCCUACGUCGAAGGUUGUGGGAGAUCUUGCGCAGUUUAUGGUGUCAAACAAGUUGUCGGCGAAGGAUGUGGAGGAGCGCGCCGCGAGCUUGGACUUUCCGGACUCUGUGCUUGAUUUCUUGCAGGGCAUGAUCGGGCAGCCGUACGGCGGAUUCCCGGAGCCGCUGCGCACGAACGCGCUGCGUGGCCGUCGCGAGAAGCUGACGGAGCGGCCGGGCAAGACGUUGCCGCCGGUUGACUUUGCGGCGGUGCGCAAGAUGCUGGAGGGCAAGUACGGCAAGAUGCGCGAGAGCGAUGUUGCGUCGUACGUGAUGUACCCGAAGGUGUUUGAGGACUACCAGGACUUUGUGCAGAAGUUUGGCGAUCUGUCGGUGCUGCCGACCAAGUACUUUUUGGGCAAGCCGGAGAUCAACGAGGAGUUUAGCGUUGAGAUUGAGCAGGGCAAGAUUCUGAUUAUGAAGUUGCUUGCGAUCGGCCCGCUUUCAGCGCACACCGGCCAGCGCGAGGUGUUUUUCGAGCUCAACGGCGAGAUCAGACAGGUGACUGUCGACGACAAGAACUCGUCGGUGGAAGCGGUCUCGCGGCGUAAGGCGGACCCGGUCAACCCGUCGCACGUGGGCGCGCCGAUGGCGGGCGUUGUGAUUGAGGUGCGGGUGAAGGACGGGUCGCUUGUGAAGAAGGGAGAUCCGAUUGCGGUGCUGAGCGCGAUGAAGAUGGAGAUGGUGAUUUCCGCGCAGGCGUCGGGUAAGGUGAGCGAGAUUUGCGUGCGGGAGGGGGAUUCUGUUGAUGGAUCUGAUUUGAUUUGCACGAUUGCGAAGGCUGAGUAGUGCUGUGUUUAGUUGUUUUAGUUAGUUAGUAAUUUAGUUACAUAUCAUAUUUACAUGUUCA